AUGUCGCUCGCACAUCCACAAUCACCAGCGCAGCCCUCGCCCGACUCGCCAUCCCUCCACACAGACUCGAUCUCGCGCUCCUCCUCGCCCAUCAUGUCGCCGCCACCCUCGCACGAGCACGACUCUACCAUGCUCACCACCUUCGACUCGUCCAUCACCCCACCAGACUCGGCCCGCUCGCCCGCAGAUCGGCACGACAAGCUCGCAGCUUCGGCACCGGCCCAGCCAUCUUGCUCGUCAGCACCCCUCUCGCGCGUCGCUUCCGCUGGUUUCCCGCCAGCCUCCACCAAGCCACCCGCCAUCGGCAACGAGUCCAGCGCACUGCGAGCCACAGAGCACGGCGUCAGCCCCGUCAUCAACGCCCUUCGCUCGCCCUAUCCAGCCAGCCCGAGCUACUUUGUCACCGCCAUCCCACCAGAAGACUUUCCCACCUCCUCGGAAUCCACCAACGCAGAGCGCAACCGCCUCCAACGCGGCUCCCUUCUGCCUCUCUAUCCCACCCUCGGCGGUCAGCUAUGGGCCAUCUCGCGCGAAUUUGCCCUUCCCUCCGUCGGCGGUCUCCUCCUCUUCCUCGCCGACGACGGCCAGGGCAACCGCGGCCCCAGGAUCGGCGAUGCUGCCUGGCAGGCUCUCUGGUCUCGCUACUUUGCCGACGACGACCUCUCCUCCACAUCCGCCGCCCACAAGCCUCCACCCAACUUUGCCCACAGCCGACGCUCCUCCGACGCCGCCGCCGACUCGUUUGCCCACCCUUCGUCGUCGUCCAGCGCACACGCCGCCGACCUCUCACGCUCCACCGUCGGCGAGGCCUCGUCCAGUCGUCCCACCAUCCCCUACUAUCGUCCCUCGCCCCGCGUAGACGCUCUUGGCUUUGGCCGCCGCGACGCACACACCGACUGGAGCCCAUCCGUACGCAGCGCCGCCGCUUUCUCCGCCGGCCACCAUCAGGCCAACCCACCACCACCACCACCCUUCCCAAGCCUUCCCAUCGUCGCACGCAUCGAGUGGCAGGUCGACACCGCAAAGGCGCCCUGGUGGCCAAGCUGGAUCGCUUCCCGCGCAAACCCUCGCGAGAGGCCCUCCCAUCCAACGCGCAAGAGCAUGCACCUCGCACACAGCCUCUCGCAGUCGCAGGACGACGAGCCACAACACGAGUCGGAUCGAGCUUUUGCCCAAGAUCUGGCCCCAACAUUCGAAGCCGAGAUCGAGCAGCCUGUGCAGCCCAAAGUUCAGCAGCGCUCGCCCUCCACUGCAUCAAAUCACCAAGCCGAAUCCGUUCGAGAAGCGAUAGCGCAAAGGGAGGCGGCCUCCGAUGCUGGCGUCAAAGCUGCGCCUCUCGAAGAAGCAGCACUCCACGACGACGGGCUGCAGCUUUUCCAGCAGCGCUUCUCCCAAUCGUCCACCACCGCGCCUCUGCUAGACGAGGAGCCGCAAUCCGAGUCUCAGCAAACGCAGCAGGCGCAAGACGCACCGCUGCCCACUCUGCCCACCAGGUCCGCCUCGCCGUCGGACGAGCCUGUCCAAUCACAACGCGCCAGCAUCGUCUCAAUGAGCUCGGCCGCAUCCGCAUCACGCCCUGCUCUCUCCGUCUCACGCGCAUCCAUUCAGUCUAGACCAGUACUGCCCGCGCCUACUACUUCGUCAUCGUCUUCGCACGAGGUGCAACAAGCAUCUUCCCAGCACCAGCUCACACGCGAUGCGCUUAUGCCCAGCCACCGCUCCAACUCUGGCCAGAGUCGAACCGGCUACUCCGAGAUCCUGGAUGCAGCCGACGACGCCGAGACAGAGCACGACAUCAGCUUCGGCAACGAGCCCCUCGCGCACGCCGGCGAUUACUCGGCGCUCCCAGACUCGCCUUCCUCCGCUGCUCACGAGAUCACUGCCUCGCAGCGCGGAUCUACCUACGAACCAAAGGGUUUCGCGCUCCGCCACAGCUUCAUCGUCGAUGCCGGCGACGAGGCCAUGUGGCAACAUCUGCAGCAUCACGACAUCGAUCCCAUCCUCCCCGAGCCGGGCGAAACGAGCAACGCCGCGCCGUCCUUCGAGCACCAGCAGAUUCCCGCAGCUUUCGACGACAACCCCCGCGAUUUCGACACGCUCCACGCAUCAGCCCUCGAGGCUGCCAUGGCCCUGCCGCCGCAGCAGCCGAUGCAGCAAGUGCCGACGCAGCACUACGCCAGCGACGCCGCCAACGAUGUCUACUACAGCCCUCGACGCGACAACAUGGCCCGCAUCCAGAGCUGGAUCGGCAAGACGCCAACCGGCCGCCCCAACUCUUCCGGCGCGUUCGACGACGACUUUGCCAACGACUUCGGCCACGGCGAGAUGCAGCUGCCGCCAGAGUCGGACAUCGACGAGGUCGUUGGUCUCUGGGCCAGCAAAAUCCGCCAAGAUCCGUAUGCGGUGCCGCACAUCACCGGGCCGUCGCCCUCGGUGCACGCGGAUGACGAUGCUGCCCAGGCCGUCGUUCGCUCAAGCGACGAGCCACACUUCCACAUCCCAUCGGCCGAGGCACACGAAUCAGACGCCAGUCUCGAGGCAGCGCCGCCAGCCAUCUCGCUGCUCAGCCCCAUCCACCUCGACGCGGCGGCAUUCGGAGGCGUCAAGCCUCAGCUGGGUGGCCUCACCGCAUCGCUCUCGCCGCAGCUUUUGAGUCCCACGGCAGUCGGAGACGCCUUCAACACACCGCGCGCUCCACCUUCGCCGCGCUCCGUCUCGACGCCCAUAUUCCAGCACCACCCGCCCUCGUCGCCCGGCUCGCUGGCGCUGCCUCAAGACCGCCGCCCCAGCAGCGUCAGCCGUCGUAGCUCGGGCGAUCUGAGCGACAGCCUCGAAGACAUGCAGAAGGCGCUCGAGCUCCUCAGCCCCGGAUGCUCGCCGAAUCCUGGCGGCGGCAACAGCCCCGAUCCCGCCGGUCGCAAGAUGUCGAGCAGAGACAGCCUCGCGUACGCCCGCAGCCUCUCGGCCUCGGUCACGCCGAGCCCCAAGUGGAUCGCGCGCGCCAAGGCUGCCACUGCCAAGAGCCGCAGCAACGCCAGAAGCCCCUUCGACCGCGCCCCGGUCUCGCCGCGUCCCGCCAGCACCUCGGCCGUGUCCGCGUCGCGAUUCCAGUCGCCGCGCAUCGGCAUGCACGCGCCGCUCAGCGCAUCCCGCUUGGUCGAGUUCAGCAAGGCAGACGCCGUGCCCCGCCUCGCAAGGACCGAGGUGGCUGAUACAGAGUCGAUGCGCUCCCGCGACAGCGUUCCAGAGGCGGCUGCCGGGGCCACGUCCGCUGGCGCCGAAGACACGCCCACAGUGACCGAGGACGCGCCCGAAAGCAAGCCCGUGGCCGCGCUCAGCUUGGACGCCGAUGCAGCGCAGGAGCACGCAGAUGCAGCGCAAGAGCACGCCGAUGCAGCACAGGAGCACACCGAGUCGAUCCAGGCCGGCACGCCCAAGGCUAGCCACCAAGCUCUCGAGGACGUCGAGUCCUCAGCCGCGGAAGAAGCAGCAGAAGCAGCGGCAGCAGCACCAGUCUCGGCCGUCGUGGCUGAACGAGCCAUCGAUGCGCCUGAAGCGGGGUCAGUUGCAGCACCCGACCAUGACGGAGACGACACCACCGAGCUGUCAGCUUUCCUCGGGGACGACCACGAUGACGGCAUCGCCUCGAUCCAACGCUUCCUGCGCGGCAAGGUCGUGUCAGCGGCGGAGUCCGACGCGUCCAUUACUCAGGAUCUUACCGUAUCUGGCGUGGAGCAGCCGCAGACGUCCAGCGCAGACGGCACCAUCAUCGAACGAACGGUCAGCAUCGACAGCGACAUGGACUCGGUGCCGCAGCCGUCUGCGCCUUCGGAGCAUGCGGACGCCGCGGACGCCGCCGACGUGAUCGACAAGGAGCACGAGCAUGACGAACAUGCCGAGAUUCAGGCGACGCAGGACGACGCCAUCUCGAAUGAGCGCUGGAGCCAGGUCUCGUACGCCACGGGCAAGCACACUUCGCAGAUCCCGUCGCGCGUCUCGUUGCCCUCGGCCAGCUCGAGGCGUGACGAGCACCCCGAGGCGCGCACGCCCAACUUUACGUACGACGCGCUUCUGAGCUCCGAGCCCACCACGGCGGACACGCUGCUGAGCAGCACCAGCCGAGGUGACGAGCGUCUGUCGGCCGCCAGCGAUGUGGUCAAGGCGUACCUGUCCAGCUCGCCAUCGGACGAGGCGUUUUUCAAGUCGCCUGGCCCGUCGAAGCUUGAAUCGGCGGAUGCAUCUGGACUUGGCCAAGGGGCAGCCUCUGCGCUUCCUCAGCCGAUGUGGCAGCAGGACUCCGCAGCUAGCGACGCCGCCUGGCCGCACAUCGACCAGGUGCCCGAGGUGAAGGACGAGACGAGCCAGGGAGGUGUUGUGCCGGUGCUUGCGUACCGCCUGGCGUCGUCGCCGGUGCACGCCAGUCCGUUUGGGAUGAGCCGGCCGCUGGCUGGCACGCACGACUACAGUCUGGACGAGGAGGAGAUCCGGACGAUGAACGAGGACACGCGUGCGGCGGUGCGCGAGGCGCUGUCGCAGUCGACGUCGCACCAUGUCAACCUGCCAGCGUCUGUUUCUGCGCCGCUGUCGCCCAAGAGCUCGACGUCGCCGACGCUGUCGAGCCACUCGUCGCUGGGCGACCAGUUCCGGCGACGCGGAUCGACGUCGAGCCUCAACCUCACGUCGGCAGGGGCGGGCAGUGGCAGCAACACGUCGUCGCCCAAUCUGGGUGGCACGACCAAGCGGCGUCCGGCGCGGCUGAAUCUGGACAUUGACGGGCUGGCGAGGUCUCCGCCCGCCGCGGCUUCGCGCAGGUUGCCGUCGACGUCGCCGCGCUCGCGCUUUGGCCAGCUGCCGCCCUCGCCGUCGCUGCAUCCGAGCUACAAGGCGGCGACGUCGAGCCCGCUCUCGACGUCGUUCCCCAUCAUGGGCGCGCAUCUGGGCAGCCCGCAGGGAAAGCACUUUCUCCCCUCGUUGCCCAGCGUCACCUCGAUCGAGGCCGAGCUGGCCGGCUGA